GCAGUGUGGCUGGAUCGCCUACAGAUAUCAGAAACAUGGUUGCCCUCACUUCCUCCUGCUCCCUUGUCCUCGUCCUGUUGUCCCUGGGGCCGCUGACUGCGGUCGCAGCCCAGCUCAGGGUGUUCAACAUCCGAGCGAGUGGCCUGCCCUCAGACCUUCUUGGAAUCACCGAUGGCUACGUGGAGGUGUCCUGCGGCCCUACUUACCUGGGCGAAACAUCUGUCCGGCACAACGAUGCCAAUCCCUGGUGGGACGAGGAGUUCAGGGACUCCAGCGCCCUGCCCAACGACGUGCUGAGGCUGACGGUCCAUGACCACGACACUUUCCUCGACGACCUCCUCGGGACCUGCCAGCGGCCCAUCAAAGUGGGCACUCACUCCCACGACUGCUUUCUGGAGGAAGGCACCCUCAGCUACUCCUACACCCUCGCCUGAGUGUAGGAGUCUCAAGGCAGACCGCCACACUGUGAUUGUUAUGCCGUUGAUCUUUAAAAAUAAAAUCUAUCUCGAAUAGCAA